AUGAAUCUUUUACAUAAAAAUUACUUUUAUUUGCUUACCCAUAUUGCAUUGUACUCUAUCUCUGUCAAAUUAGGCUCGCCUCGUUCUCUUCGGCCCGGUUUUCAAGUUGCCGAACUGUUGUCUGCGCGACAGGCCUGGCUGAAUUCUCUGCCGGUCGCCGCAUGGGCUCUCAGUCCAGCUCGAACUUUUCGAGUUAUGUCACGGCUGGCUAGUGACCACCAAAAGGCCUGGCUGCGCGCCGGCUGGGCAGCUCGGUCGUCACAGCACCGGAUCACACCAACUGGCCCGCCAUCAUCGACACAGCCCAAAACACUGAGGACCAAUGUUAGCUUAUGCGAAGGGGUACAGCCUGACAGGGUUACGUGGGGAGGACUGGGUGGCAGGUUUCGACGGAGCAGUAUCUUUUCAGGCCGACAGCAACAGAACUAUUCACAAACGCCGAAUGAGAGACAAGAUGCGGGCCUGGGAUGGUUGAUGGAAAAUGUUCUCAUUUUCCAGCUGGGCGACCUCCAACUUUCGCGGGUUUUCUCGCUUCCAGCCACUAAGACGCAUAGACCUCAGGUUGCCGACCCCAGUUGGGCAGGUACGUUGAGUGAGUCUGUCAAAGUGGGCACAUUUACGAACUCGUGGGGCCUGACUUUUCCAUUUGCUCUAUCUUCCGGUCUUAUUUGGAGGGCUAUGUCGCCAGUCUAUGGCAAUUAUGCUGCCCUGUCAGCCCAUGAAAUGUUCUGA